UUGCCUCAAGCCCCAGCGAGCAGCGCUUUGGGGGGCGGGGGGCGCGGCGCUGGCCGCCUCCCCGCCGGCACCUCAAGGCGCGAGAUGCAGCUGCUGGAAAGCAAGCGCGCGGGGGAGAGGCUCCAUCUCCUCCAUCUCCUAGGAAGGACGCUUUCGGCUUAGCGAGGCUCGGCGUCAUAGCACCCAGUCCAGGGGCAGCGAAAACUCGGCGGCCAGAGAUGGAUUCGGCGGGUUGUCCUUCUGCUUUUCAAAUCAAUGGUCACAUUAAGUCAAGAACAGUGCUGGAAACACGUGGUGAGUUGCAACACAGUGAAAGAAAAUCCCAGUUGGCUAAGAAAUACCUAUUAAGACCCCAAGUACCUCCAAAACCUGUUCAUCUUCAGCCUGCUGGACAGGAGAAGAUUCCUCCAGCACCAUCUAGGCCUUUACCAGCAGAUCCAAAGUCUUCAAGAACUCAAGUGCCUGAAGGAGAAGCCACACAUGCCUCAGCAGAUAUAAGCAGGCUUAUUGAAAAAUUUGAAGAGAUAAGGCAGCCCACACAUGUUGGUCAAAGAAAUCAUAUUAAUUUAGUUUUUAAGAUGGAACAAGAACCAGAUUCUCCUGAACAGCAUUGCCCAAUCGUCUAUGAUUUGGUGGCUCCCAGCACUUCAACAAAUGAAAAUAAAGAGCUGGAUGAGAGUGGGCCUAACAUCUUGUGUAGUCCUGAAGUGUCUAAUACAGACCUAAUGAAAAUUAAAGAACUAAACAUAGAUGACACCACAAACACUGAAGAUUCUACUAAUGUGCCCAUCAGCAAAGCAUCUGUGGCAGUGCAUAGCCAUAAGGACACAUCCAUUGAGAUGAAUAGCAAUGGCAAAAUCCCUAACAGGGAUAGUGGAAUAGACAGUCCUUCUUGUAAUAUAACAGGAGAUAAUUUUCCAAACGAGGAAGCUACAGAACAGAAAAAAACAACAGGAACUGGAGAUCUAGCUGAAAUGGACAAUGGCAAAAAACCUGUCCUAUUUUCUGCCGGCGAACAGAAGAGAGACUCUGUUCAGGAUGAAGACAGUGAUAUAGAUGAGGGAAGCAGUGAAGAGCCAGAAAUAGCAGAAAUCUCCAAGCUGGAAUGUGUAGAUGUUAACAAGUAUUCAGAGCCACAAAAGCUGUUUAAUAUUGCAAAUGAACUUCUGCAUACAGAAGAAGCUUAUGUUAACAGGCUUUAUCUUCUUGAUCAGGUUUUUUGCACUAAAUUGUAUGAGUCGGGAAUUCCACCUGAUGUGGUAACAGGAAUAUUUUCAAAUAUUUCUUCCAUUUAUCGCUUCCAUGAACAGUUUCUCCUUCCUGAACUCAAAACAAGGAUUACAGAUGAGUGGGAUACAAAUCCAAGGUUAGGAGACAUCCUUCAAAAGCUUGCUCCAUUUCUGAAGAUGUAUGGAGAAUAUGUAAAGAAUUUUGACAGAGCAAUGGAUAUGGUAAACACAUGGAUGCAGAGAUCGUCUCCUUUUAAAGAUGUCAUUCAAAACAUACAGAAACAAGAAAUAUGUGGAAACCUGACAUUGCAACAUCACAUGCUAGAACCUGUUCAGAGAAUUCCACGCUAUGAGCUUCUCCUGAAGGAUUAUCUUAAAAAACUUCCUGGGGAAUCACCAGAUAGGAAAGAUGCUGAAAAAUCUCUGGAGCUCAUUUCUACUGCAGCAAACCAUUCAAAUGCAGCCAUCCGAAAGAUGGAAAAGAUGCACAAGUUGCUAGAAGUGUACGAACGCCUUGGUGGAGAAGAAGAUAUUGUUAAUCCUGCCAAUGAAUUGAUUAAAGAGGGUCAUAUUCAAAAACUGUCAGCAAAGAAUGGCACAGCACAGGAUAGGUAUUUAUUUCUGUUUAACAGCAUGGUAUUAUACUGUGUUCCAAAACUGAGAUUAAUAGGCCAGAAAUUCAGUGUUCGUGAAAAGAUUGAUAUUGCAGGAUUGCAGGUCCAGGAAAUAGUCAAGCAAAAUGUGACCCAUACUUUUUCAAUAGCAGGAAAGAAGAGAACCUUGGAGCUACAAGCCAGGACAGAAGAAGAAAAGAAAGAUUGGAUUCAGGUUAUUCAAGCAACAAUUGAAAAACAUAAGCAAAACAGUGAAACAUUUAGGGCUUUUAAUAACUCCUUUUCUCAAGAAGAUGAGCACUUCCCAGAUUCAUCAAUAGUGAGCACCAGUUCCAUGGAAUCUAUGCCAGGAACAGACAGUAGCAGCAGCACAUCUGCAGGGCCUGAGUGCUGCAGAAAAUCUUCAAAAUCAAAAAGAGAUAAAGAGAAACAAGCUUGCAAAAGUUGCAGUGAAAGCUUUAACUCCAUUACAAAAAGACGACACCACUGCAAGCAGUGUGGGGCAGUUAUCUGUGCCAAAUGUUCUGAAUUUAAGACUCUUGCUGAUAAUAGUCGCCAAAACCGGGUAUGCAAAGAUUGCUUUCAACUGCCAUCAGCAAACCUGUGCAUCUCAGGGACCGAAGGUGCAGGAGAACAAAGGAAAAAAAUAACCAUGGAGAAACAAAGCAUAUUGGGCUCAGAAAACAGCCUCUUCAGUAGCCACCUCCUGUUUCAUGAGAAAGGAAAGACUUGGUGUAAAGUGUGGGUCACCAUUCCUAAGACAGAGCCUCUUGUCUUAUAUCUCCAAGGAGAAAACCAGGAUGGACGCAUUCCACGCAGCAUACCCCUGCUGGGAUACGAAGUUGACUUUCCACAUUCUGGUGAAAAGUUUGAAUCAAAAUACGUCUUCAAACUUUGCCAGUCCCAGCAGACAAUAUAUUUCAGUGCUGAAGAUGAAGACUUGCAAAUGAAAUGGAUGGAUGUUCUCACCAAAGCAGCUAAAGGGGACGUUCAUGAUCAGAGUGAAGAAACCAGCAAUCCCUAAUGUCAUUUCAUGUGAUCUUAAUCAUAAUAGGGGAUGGGGGGAAAAAACCCACCUGAUCUCUGAAUAUUCAUGGCACUUUGAAAACAUACAUGGCUUUAUAUUUUGGUAUGUCUAUAUAAAAACUGCAGUCAUUUCUCCUCCCCCCUCCCUCUUUUUCUUAUUCAUCACAUCUGGUACCAAUCGUCCAACAUCUAUGUUGUUAGUGUGUAUAAAUUGAUGUAAUUGCUAUGAGUGUUUAUAUUGCUAUUAAUGGUGAAGGGCGAAAGGGGAGGAAGCAUCCAUUUUAUCUAAGAUAAUUAGGAAGACAAUGGUUUCCUGUUCCCCUUGACUAUUUACUUUAUUCCUUUCAAUUGCUGUUUCAGUGAAGGAUGUGUAUAGUCUGUUACAGAUGUUCUGCCUCUAAGUAAAAUGUUGUACAAGGGCUUGUGGCUGGCCACUGAUGUGCUAUUAUUCUCUGUUUUCUCUUGGAUAUUUUUAAAUGGUCGCUUUUCUGCCAUAUAUGAUCAAAUGUAAGGGGGCUAUUUCUUUUGUCGACACUGACUUUUCUUGACAGGGUUUUUUUCACAAGACAAAUACUGUUUUUAAAGCUAUUGCAGAAGGCAUCUUGAAAGCUGAAAUAUCAAGCAUUUCUAUAUAUUUAUAUAUAAAUAUUUUUCCAUUUUUUGUUUUUUUUAAAAACUUUUACACAUUUCUUAUUUCUUUAUAUCGCCUCUUUUUUAAUGUAUGCAAGCAAAUGUUUUUAUACUGCAACCUGGGAUGUUGCUCAUCAAUAAACAUUUUUGGUACACCCAGGAAGGUAAACAAUUAGCUUUUUUGAAUAAGGAUUUAUUUAUAUAAUUUGUAAAUACCAUCUUAAACAUCUUUUUAAAAAUAUGUUCAUAUUACACUUGUAUAAAUUGAGUUUGCUUCCUGUGUCUUUUUGUUGGCAAAUGUAUUUAUGUAUGCAAAUAAAGCCCAAUU